AUUAAGCACGUAGGCAUGCAGGCUGCUUCUACAAACAUUUAUGAAUGAAUGGGUUUGCUCUCCUAAGCUCAGUGAAUUCAAGUAUGGUACCGUGAUAGGUUGCCACCUGUGCAAUAAGUCCAUCAGUGAAAUUUCCGUGCUACUAAAUAUUCCAUGGUCAACUGUUAGUGGUAUUAUAACAAAGUGGAAGCAACUGGGAACAACGGAAACUCAGCCAGGAAGUGGUAAACCACGUAAAAUGACAGAGCGGGGUCAGCACAUGCUGAAGAGCAGUGCGCAGAAGUCACCAAAUGUCUGCAGAGUCAAUAGCUCUCCUAAGUUUGUGUGGCCUUCAUAUUAGCACAACAGUGCAUAGAGAGCUUCAUGGAGUGGGUUUCCAUGGCCAACAGCUUAUCCAAGCCUUACAUCACAAGGGCAAUGCAAAACUUCGGAUGCAGUGGUGGACUCUAGAGCAGUGUAAACGAGACUAGAAACUGCCUGACUGCAUUGUGCCAAGUGUAAAGUUU